AGAGAGAGAGGAAGGGAGAGAGGGAGGGGAGAGAGAGGGGUCCUGGUGGACUGGGUUUCCUCAGGUGUCUGUCUCCAGUCAUGGCCGGGAGCUCAGAGAAAGUACCAAUCGCCUCCGCGGGACCAGAGGACCUGCAGCACUUCAUGCCUCCGGCCUAUUCUGCCGUGGCGGUCAAGCCGGUCGCCACCGGCCGCCUCCUCAAGGCCGGGGUCGCUGUGCUCGUCGCUGGAGCACUGCUGCUGCUGCUGGGAGCAGUCGGGGCAUUCUACUUCUGGAACAACAACGAGAAGCACGUCUACAAUGUCCACUACAGCAUGAGCAUCAAUGGCAAAGUGGAGGAGGGUUCAAUGGAGAUUGAUCCGGCCAAUAAUGUGGAGAGAUUCAGCACCGGCAGUGGGGCAGACGAGGCUGUGGAGGUCCAUGACUUCGAGAUUGGUAUCACAGGGAUCCGGUUUUCAGGAGGGGACAAGUGCUACAUCAAGACCCAGAUGAAGGCACAUUUGCCUGUUGUGGAGGCUCUGGACAAAGACUCGAUGACAUUUGAGCUGGAGGACAAGGUGAUGCCGGUCAAGUUUGAGGAUGAUCUGAUCUGGGUGGCGGCCGACAGCCCGCUCUCCGACUCCACCUUCCUCAGCAACAGGAUCAAGGACUUGUGCAGGGACCUGCCAAUCUUCUGGCUCCGUCCCACCUCCUCAAGCAGCGGGCAGAGGAAGCGGAGGGCGACCCCGGGCCAGCGCCGCCAGCCAGCCACGGAGGAGGAGGAGGGGGAGGAGGAGGUCGCCAACGCGGAGAACCCCUAUCAGAGAGGUCUGGAGGGUGAGCAGGGCACCAUGGACAGCCACUCCAGGCUGGACCAUGAGGGCGUGUGCUGCAGUGAGUGCCGCCGCGGCUACACCCACUGCCAGAAGGUCUGCGAGCCGCUGGGAGGGUACGAGCCAUACCCGUACCACUACAGAGGCUGCAGAGUGGUCUGCAGAGUGAUCAUGCCUUGCAGGUGGUGGGUGGCGCGCAUCCUGGGCCUGGUGUAGACCCUCCACCCACCUGGGAAAGACGGUAGAAUCCAGGAGGGAAGGGGGGGGGGGGGGGGGGGGCUUCCAGAGGGAGAUAAAUGGAAAAACUUCAGGAAGGGGAGAUGGCGGCUUAUCAUUUACCGUAGGUAACCACCGUGUCCACGCAUUACAGAUGCACGGUACAGAACCUAGGACACAAACUCUCAAAGAAAAGCACAAAGUGUCUGCACCCUGCACCACUUGGCUUAUUAGAAAAGAACAUGCCUGCUGUCGGCAUGGACGCUUCUGUACAGUAGGUUACAUGAAACAUCCCGGAGUCAGUCUAAUGCAGAGACGUCUGCUGACAGUGGGAUUACAUUCCAGCAUUUAUCUGUAGAAACAGGUGUCCGUUUAUCUCAUUCCGUGCGUUCUGAUGUAAAUCAAAAACAUUCACUUGUCGAAACAGAUCUGAUGUUUGACUUCUUCGCUGGUGUGUGGAAUCCUUUGGAUCCUGUGCUUUUAGUGCUUUUCCCUUUUCAUCAUAUGCUCUCAGAAACGUGCAUGUAAUUGUAAUUUUAUCUGCAUUGAAGCUAUCCCCGAGUGCAAUAACACAGAAUAAACUUUUUUAAAUAACA